UUUGCAUGCAUACGAAAGUAAUGUGCGAGUGAGCGAGUACUCGUCUAUAAAGAUGAAUAUUUUAAUGAAUGUUUUUUUGUUUUGAUCAUCUUAGGUGAACAAGUAUGCAAACCUCAUCACCACACUUACCAAUCUUUGAAAGUUUCAUAAAUAUACGUUACACAUAGGUCCGAUAGUCGCUUCUAUGAAACUUUCCCAAACGGGUACUAGGAAUAUUUUCUUGGCCUACAUGAUGUUUUAAAUAUUCGGAAAUAUGAUACAGAAAGAUGAUCAUGCACGCGGGAAAAUUUUAAAUUGUUGAAAAACACACUUUGAACACGACUUUCCAAAAUGGCUUGCAGCCACAAUAACUAACGAGACAGAAAAAUCAAUAUUUUUCAAAGACCCAUGUACGACUAGCCUUAAACACGUAAAUUGAGUGAUUUUUUCAAUUGUUUUCACAAGCAGCACUGCCUGCCUGUUAGUCGCUUGAAUGAAACGCACCUCGCGGCCGACGCUCCAGUGUUGCAAUUUAUUAAUAUUUCUCUCAAAAUUUAUUUUCUUUCCAUGUUUGAAGCUUGCUUAAAUUUUAUUAUUCUAUCACUAUAUAUUUCACCCAAAAGAUGAGAACGUUCACUUAAGCUGGUAUAGCCGUCUUAAGCUUGUCAUGUAUAAUUUUAAAUUUCCAAUUCGCCCCUUAAAGGUAAUAAAGGAUCAACGAGGUAGAAUGAGUAACGGAUCGUGGCAAACUUUCUUCAUAGCAUAGGCCGAUAUUCCACGCUGAAAAUGAAAACAUGAAUUGUGUUGAAAUCUUGGCCACCGUUGUGUCGAUCAUACUAAUGGUUCUGACAUUUCCUAUAUCGAUAUUUAUAUGCUUUAAGGUUGUGUCGGAAUAUGAACGUGCGGUCAUCUUUCGAAUGGGACGUUUACGAAGUGGCGGCGCAAGAGGACCUGGAGUAUUUUUUGUCUUGCCAUGCGUAGAUGAUUACUGCAAAGUAGAUUUGCGUACCGUAUCGUUCGAUGUACCACCGCAAGAAGUUCUAUCCAAAGAUUCUGUAACGGUUACAGUGGACGCUGUCGUCUAUUAUCGUAUUAGUGAUCCUUUGAAAGCAGUUAUACAGGUCUCAAAUUACAGUCAUUCGACACGUUUAUUAGCUGCCACUACGUUAAGAAAUGUUUUGGGUACACGCAACCUAUCCGAAUUAUUAACUGAACGUGAAGCUAUUUCACACACGAUGCAAGUGUCUUUAGAUGAGGCUACUGACCCUUGGGGCGUUAAAGUGGAACGUGUAGAAAUUAAAGAUGUUUCUUUGCCGACUGCUUUACAAAGAGCGAUGGCUGCCGAAGCAGAGGCGGCCAGAGAAGCUCGAGCUAAAGUUAUAGCUGCCGAGGGAGAAAUGAAAUCCUCAAGAGCUUUAAAAGAAGCUUCCGACAUUAUUUCCGCCAGUCCUUCAGCUUUGCAGGUACAUAACAUUGAAAAUUUGAUCCUUUUCUUUCAAUUGUCAAUUACUUACUUUUUAAAGCUGCGUUAUUUGCAAACAUUAAAUAACAUAUCUGCCGAAAAGAAUUCAACGAUAAUAUUUCCACUACCUAUGGAACUGCUACAACCAUUCUUGUGUACCGGUCAUUGCAAUCACAAGCAGAAACAAUGACAACCCACGAAACAGUUACAGUAUUACAUUGAUGCGCUGCGUUGUUAUGAACUGCCGAACAGUAAAUCAUAGGCGAAAGCAAGGAACUUUUAAUAAAGUUAUUU